AUGAACGCUCGCCAAGAUAUAGGCACAGAUGUGCUAGAGGUGACCAUAAAGAGACGAUUUCACCAACUUAACCUCAGAGGAUUCACCGCAAGAUGCACACCACUGGUAAGUCUAAUGAUCAGAACGACCACGUUACAAUUUGCUACAAAGUUCAUAAUAACAAAUGUUUUGAAACGAAGUCUUAUUACAGAGGUUAAUACAACCUAUAGGAGAGUGCUGGAAAGAAGAACCUGUGGAACAAGGAAGGAACCUGCCAUGAUCCAAGGGAAACAUGAUGGCGGCAGUAUUUUGACUGCGGCUUUAAUGCCAGCCAAAGGAACUGGUUCACUUGUUUUUAUUGAUGAUCUGAUUGCCGAUGGCAGCAUCAGAAUGAUUCUGAAGUGUAUAGCAGCAUUGUGUUUUCCCAAAUUUGACCAAAUAUCUCAAAACUCCAUGCAACAAGACAAUGACCCCAAACAUGGUGCUAAAGCAACCAAGGAUCUUUUCGGGGUUGAAGACAAGUAG